GCCAAUCAGCGGCCGCGGUCGGCUUAGUGGGCGGUGCCUAGCUGUCUUGGUUAGUGCAGGUCCAAGUUAGGUGGCCUCGCUGGGCUGUGUGCUGCUGCAGGGCUGAUUGUGUUGUUGUGUUGCAGCACAGGAAGGACUGGAGCCAGGGACAAGAAAGGGAACAGGACAUGAAGAUGUCUCAGGCGGUCCCCAGCAGCACGUCUGGCAGUAUGGAGCCCCAGGAUAAGGAAACCUGCAUCGGAGUCAACAAUCAGAGUUACAUAUGUGAAACGGGUCACUGCUGUGGACAGUCUCAGUGUUGCAACUACUACUAUGAGCUAUGGUGGUUUUGGCUGGUGUGGACGAUAAUCAUAAUCCUUAGUUGUUGCUGCGUAUGCCAUCACCGGCGAGCUAAGCACAGGCUGCAAGCACAGCAACGGCAGCACGAGAUCAACCUCAUAGCGUAUCGUGAAGCUCACAGCUAUUCUUCUGUGCCAUUUUACUUCCGAUUUUUGCCAAAUUAUCUGCUACCUCCUUAUGAAGAAGUGGUAAAUAGACCUCCUACUCCACCUCCACCUUACACUGUUCUACACCAACAAUGUGUGGCAGUAUGUUCAAGUUCAGGAACCGUAGAAGCUGUGCGAAACACCCAGAACAGCCAAACAAGUUCUCCAGCAGCAGCAAGUUGUAGUGGCACAAGACCACCCAGCAUUGUAGACUGUGAGCCUUCUACAACAUGCCUGGAAAGAGUAGCAAACAAACCAAAUGGCCACGAUUCCAACGAUCCUGCCUGUGGUGCAGAGUUAGAUGAGAUUGCCGAUCAAGUGUCCUUCUUAGACAAGGAUUCUAAAGAACUCUUGAAGGACUACAGCUCUGACAGCUUUGAUCAGAGCGGUUUCUUUGAUGGCAAAGACAAGACACCUGGGAGACACCGGAGGUUCACUGGUGACUCGGGGAUUGAAGUUUGUCUGUGCAACAGAGGCCAUCUUGAUGACUUUAAAGAGCUUGACGGCCUAAUUGACGACACCGGGGAGAACUUCUGUGACACUUGCAAUUCUUGUGAUGCUCGUCCCCACAGAGACGAAGAAGAAGGGAUUUUUGAUCAUUGCGAUAGUAAUGACCAUCCGCCUUUGCCACGUCAGCCUUUGCUAAACACAAUUAAUGAACAAGACUCGCCAAAUUCUCAUAACAGUAGCAGUUCCCGUGGCUAAAGCGAUGUCCUGAAGGCGGAAAACCAUGAAUAAGUGACUGUCCCACCUGUUUUGUUUUUUGUCUGUAUUUUGAUUUUUUUUCCAUUGUCCUUGUACAUUAAAAGACUAGGAAAUGAUCUACCAAAGCUAAAGUAAGGAAACACGCUUUACUAAUGCCUUUUAUUUUAGAUGGGGCUUUGGUACUGAUAAUUUUGGUGAUGGAAGACUAGGACAAUAAGAGUCAAAGGUGAAGCUUAAAGAGUACAGGUGGAGGCUUCAGUAUGAGAAAUGUCUGGAUUUCACUGUAAUCACAUUAGAGAAGCAAAAAAAGAUUAUCUCCUUAUUAGAAGAAAUCGACACAAUCAUUUCACCAUUGGAUCGAGAGCAACCGAUACUGCCCAGACCUGAAAAUGUAAAUGGAGCUUCAUAUACUGGAAGAGUUGUGGCUAAGAGAAAAUUAAUUUGUGGGGUGGGAGGGGAUAUUUGCCAGUAUUGUGACAAAAGUAUUUGAACAAAUAUAAAAUCCAGAGGUGCUAUGGGGACAUCAAUGUUUCUGUAGCAAGGAGGUGGGGGAAAAUUUGCUUGUGCACACAAUUAUUUGCAAGCAAACUUUUUCCAUGAAGAGUUGACACCUCUUUUUACGUAGUGCAAUUCCAGAUCUUGGUUUUACCUCAAGUAGGUAAUGUUUUGUUAUUAUAGAAAAUGGGCCAUUUUCUAGCCUUAAAUAUAAGCUUUUCUCCCCAAUUGUUCCUACCUAAAACAAUAAAGCUAAGAGUUUCUUGAAUGGACGUAAUCGUAAAAUAAAAAGCAGCUGGUCUGCUGAGAACCUACAGUGGUUGCCUCUCCCUCCACUUAUUGGUGGUCUUUAUAUCGCAAAUAGGUUAUUGCAUGAUUUAGAAGUCACAAGGAUGAUGAUCCAGUACUGGUUUUUGCAUGGACCUGGCUGCUGAUAAUCCAGAUACAACACCAGCUCUCCAUCCAUUGUCCAAGAUGAGCACAGCAACUUUUUUGAAGCAGUAUUUCCUCUUGUUAUGUAAAAACCAAUGCAAUUUUUACAUUGACCACUAGAGAAUAAAGUAAAAAUGUUGCAGUGUGGUCACAAAGUGAUUAUUAUGGGAAUGCAUGCCUAUGUGAGUAUGUAUUCCAGGCCGUAAGGUUAAGAUGUUACUUCUACACUAAGGACAUACAGUACGUUUUGUAGACAGUUGUUUUCUUUUGAACAUUCCCUUCCAUUCCAGAGGAGAUGGGAAUUUUCGUUUAGAAAUUGUACUUGAGAAGUCUAUAAGAUUGUCACAGUUCCACACAUGUUACUGUUGACCGACACCAUUAAGAAGGUUGAAUGUUACAAUUUGCCUCAUGGAAAGUGCAAGUUUUUAUUUUGUUUUCUAUUUUGAGCAAUGUCUGCUCUACGCUUAGGGAAAAUUUUUAAUUUGACGUUACUUUGUAAACGAAUGUGCACUUCUGAUAUUUGCAUCAAAAUAUCUGUGGCAACAUGGAUUGACAUUGACAACUUUCUUGCACUGGAAUUCGUUAUUUUUGUUGGACAAUAAAAUGAAACUUUUGAG